AUGGCAACCCUUUUGUUGAACCACCCGAUGAUGACUGCACAGAUAUCAAAAGCCCCCAUGACAAUGGCAAACCUUUUGUUGAACGCUGCGCAGACGCCAAAACCCUCCAUGGCGACGACGGGAAACCUUUUGUUGACCCCUCCGCUUUUGUUGAUCCCUCCGCUGAUGAUGUUUGCCCUAAAAUCCACUCAACAGCCUCCUCUCUUUAAAAAUAGUUUCUUGAAUACUUCUCGCUCUAAAAAAAGUUUCUCAUAUACUCCGCCAACAUCCUCCUCGACGCGCCCUCUGUCUCUUCGUCUUUCUUGGAACAAUGCUGCCGUACCCAUCUCUCCUGUCCAUAAAAAGGACCACAAGGGUUUUGGUGGCAACAUGAGCUGCGCUGAUUUUUGGGGCCCUUUGUCGGGUUGGGAUGAUGUGGUGCAAAUGGAGAAAAAGUUCGUGUGUGGAUGGGCGGCCAAAGAGGACAGUACUGUUGCAGGGACCGAAGAUGACAUACAGGAGGCAAAAAGAAAAAUUCAUAAAACAAUAACGAGGUCUGAUGAUUUUGCCCCCACCUUGUUGCGUAUGUGGCACUCAUGGUAUUACCUUCAAAGUUGGAAAAAUUUUGGAAAAAGAAAAGAUAGAAACCCGAGUAAAAAACAAUGCGUAACUUUCAAUGAUGUGGAAGGUGUUGAUGCUGCCAAGGCUGAACUUCUUGAGAUCGUCUCAUGCAUUAAAGGAGAUAGUAAAUAUAUGAAACUUGGGGCGAAAUUACCACGAGGGGUUCUGCUUGCGGGUCCCCCGGGAACCGGAAAAACAUUGUUGGCCCGUGCAGUGGCCGGAGAAGCUAAUGUGGCGUUUUUCUCGAUGUCUGCUAGUGAAUUUGUCGAGAUUUUUGCUGGUAACGGGGCUGCCCGUGUUCGAAAUCUUUUCAGCGAUGCCAGAAAACGUUCACCGUCUAUUAUUUUCAUUGAUGAGAUAGAUGCUGUUGGAGGGCAACGUGGAAUAUCUUUCAAUAGUGAACGUGAUCAAACUUUAAACCAGGUAAAUAUUAUUUUAAUUUAA